AUGCUUCACUUUUACUCUUCACUUUAUUGUCCAAUACACUUCUCUCGACAAAUCGUCCUCCACCCGUCGUCGUCGUCGUCGUCGUCCAUCACUCGAACGCAAUGGGGGGCUCCCACACUCGCGUCCACAGCUCACACCAAAAUCCGGCCCGACUACCGCAUUGCGACAAAACACAAACACAAACACAAACACAAACCCGAACGUAUUGCCAUUGCCAUUGGAUCACGACAAACCACAACGACGCCAAACCAAACUGUUCUCUCUCUUUCGCUCUUUCGCUCUCUCUUACUCUGCCCACUUCACUUCAGUGCGUUGCGUUUUCGUCUCUCGCGUGUCUCUCUUGCCCCCCUCAUCGCUGUCCCGUGCUGUGCUGACGGCUUCGCUUCUGUUCUGUCACCUUCACCUUCACCUUCUCGUUGUCGCCGUUGUCGUCGUCGUCCACACUCCAGCAACGGGAACGUACCUUUCGUGUCUGUCUCCCAUCCUUCUCCUUCUCUCUCUGCCUCUGCCUCUGCCUCUGCUUCUGCCUCUGCUUCUGCUUCUCCCUCGCACCUCUCUUUCGUGUUCUCUUCCAACGUGAACAACAACAACAACAACAACAACAAACAACAUCGACGACAUCAACACCGUCAACAACAAAACUGUCUACCAAAUAAACAAACUUCUUCUCAUAUAUAUAUGUGUACUUCAUAUUGCAUACCUCUUGUGUCUACUUGUUCUCUCUUCUUGUCUCUUUCUUCUCUCCCAUCUCUCGCCUCUCUCUCUCUUAUUUCCUGUUUCCUGUUUUUCUUCACUUCACUUCACUUCCCUUUCCCUUUCCCUCUCUCUUCUCUUCCUAUUCUUUCUCUCUCUCUUCUCUUCCCUUUCUUCACCUUAGUUUUACUACUAUCACAACUCUGCAAUUAG